CUUUUGUUUGUUUAUUUAUACAUAUAUUUUUUUUCAAACUUUUUAUUAGAAUUUGUGAAGGAAUUUUAUCAUCAAAUUACAAAUUUAAAUAUCAGUUAUCAGAGAAACACCACGUUCGUAUUAUUAAUGCAGUGUGUGUUUUACCAAAAUGGUUUUCGACGAACUCUUGGACAAACUAAAUGCACAGCCCAGAGAAGUAUCCCAAGAGAUAGUUAGAGUCCUUAUGAAAAUAGCCGAAAAUGUAUUAAAAGACCCAAAAAACACAAACCUACGGGUAUUAAAAAAAUCAAACACCACAAUUGCCUCAAAAAUUUUACGACACCAAAUUGGUAGAUAUUGCUUGGAAGCUAUGGGCUUUCAAGAAAACUCGGAUGAUUUUUUACUUCCAGCAUCCACCUCUUUAACUCGCUUGCAAGAUUUAACAGACACUUUAUUAAUGUGGAAGGAAUCUGUUGAAAUUGAACUUAACCCUGACCCAUAUUACAUGUCAAGACCCAGCCAGCCAGUACCUAAAAGUUCACCCACCAAUCCUGUAUCAAAACCAAUACCUAUAAGACCUAUUGUGUUACCUCCCUUACAAUCUCUUUAUAGGGAACCAUUUUUUCACCAUAUUGAAGUACAAUUUCAUAGUGCUUUGAGAUAUAACAAUAAAGCAGUUCAAUUGAGGGCUAAAAACUUAAUUCCUAUUGAACGCUUGGAGCAAAACGCAACAGAAAGAUUUAGGUUAAUUCAAGAACAUGUAAAAAAGAAUAAAUUGGAAGAACCAAAUAUUUCAAUUCAAGAUAUGAUGAUUAUAGAAUUAUUGCAAUGGUUUAAAACUGAUUUUUUUGUUUGGGUAGAUAGUCCUGUUUGUGAGAACUGUUUUGACACCACACAAUUCAGUCACAUGUCCACAGACAGAGAUUUACUAGUACACACAGAUAGAGUUGAAAUGCAUAAAUGCAAAAGUUGCAGUCAUCUGACUCCAUUUCCACGAUACAACGAUCUAAAUAUUUUAUUGGAAACCCGAAAAGGCAGAUGCGGAGAAUGGGCAAACACAUUCACCCUAUUUUGUAAAGCAAUGGACUGGGAUGCUCGUUUGGUUUUAGAUGAAAAUGACCAUGUUUGGACUGAAGUUUAUUCGAUUGGUCAAAAAAGAUGGCUGCACUGUGAUUCAUGUGAAAAUAUCUGUGAUAAACCUUUGAUAUAUGAAACAGGUUGGAAGAAAAAAAUAAGUUAUGUUUUGGCUUAUUCAGACGAAGACAUACAGGAUGUGACUUGGCGGUAUUCUAGUAAUCAUAAAGAGGUUUUGAAAAGAAGGACAAGGUGUGAUGAAUUGAAACUGAUUAAUGUUAUUAUUGAGCUUAGAAAGAGGAGGCAAGCCACAUUAUCUGAGAGCAAAAGAUCAUACUUGCAACAGAGACUGGUACUUGAACUGGUAGAAUUUUUAAUGGAGAAAAAACCUGGCAAAGAAGAAAACAAAGGCCGCGAGUCUGGCGAUGAAAUAUGGAGACUGGCACGCGGCGAAAUCAAAAUGGCAAAGGAACCAACCAAAUUUGUUUGGCGGAUUGAUCCUAAGCAAGUGAUUGACAAUAAAGCAAUUGUAAAAUAUUCAGCAGCCAAUGAUACCUAUCACUAUAUAACUGGAGAAGUCGUGAAAAGUACCGUAAAGAACUGGUUUGAUGGCACCCACAAUUUUAGUAAUAUUACUAGGAAAGAAGAGAAGGAUUGGAAAAAAGUCUAUCUUGCCAGGAGAGAAGGUACAGAUAAUGCAGACAUCUCCUGGAAAUUUGAAUUCGAUUCUAACUCAAAAAAACAAUUAGACAGAGUCCAUGUCGAGUUCUCCCAAACAACUUUCGAAAAUGGAAAUAUAAAAGCUCAAAUUUACAGCGGUGAUGUAGUUGAACCGAUUCUUGGAAAUUCCUUGAAGACGUGGUAUUUUGCUCAAAGAGAGUACAUUGUAAUUGAAGCUAAACUGUCGGGAGGCAAAGGCGACGAAUCUUGGCAACAUACACAAUUAUUUAGACAAGAUCUAGAUUCUAAAGAUUUUCCUUUUUGCGUUACUUUUUAUUUUAAGUGAGAAACUUUGUUAAUUUACAAAAUGCUUGUUAUGUGAUGUCUAAACAGUAUGGGCCUUUAGGAGAAAAAAAAAUUAUGCAAUAUUUCAAAUUAUUAUUAUUGAUCAGUAAAAUAUAAAUUUUAUCAGUGUUUUAUUUGAUUCGUAAUUAGCCUAUUAGCCUCUCUAUAUCCACUUUCAAUGGCUCCAUGAACAGUGGAAAAAUAAUGUGGAUGCGUAGCUUCACCAGCAAAUAAUACACUAAGUUUUCCAUUUUCAUUUUUUAGAGGACUUCCUAAUUUUUCUUGCAAGUUGCCUUGUGAACGGCCCUUUACAGAUUCAUAUGAAUAUGUGCCUCGGAAAUUUGGAUUACUAUACCAUGUGGUCCUGAAAUAAUUAUUAUCAAUAUUGUAAUAGUUUUAAUUAAUAUGGGGUUACUUUAUAAUCUUAUCUGGCAUUGUAACAUUAUAAUGUGGAGCCAAAAAUUUAUUAAUAACAUAUUCAUGGGCUUCUUUUAUUAUGACUUCUGGUAAAGUUUCAAUCAGAGGAACGUGGCUACCAGCAUACCAAGCAAUAAGUACAUUUGGGUUGUUUUCAGCUUGAACCAUACCGUUGAAGUCCAAAAGCCAUUCAAAAUUUUUCUGUUUAAGCUCUUCUAUAUCUUUAGCUAUCCAAAGAAAGGCCCAUUCAUCAUUUUCCUCAUACCAUCUUUCAGGAAAAUGUAAAAUUACUUUCAAAAUAGCUCCAAAGCCGAUAUUUUUGAUUGCGCUUAUUUUGUCUGUGGGCAAAGCUGGCAUAAAUAACUCUUGAUGAUUAGCCUUAAGUACACCAACAGAUGGAGUAAAUAUUACAUGGUCAGCUUCAUAUUUGCUGCCAUCUGUUGUGGUUACAAUAACUUUAUCAUUCUUUUGCCAAUCGGAAAUAUUUGAGACAACUUUUUUGAAGAAUAUUUUAUCAUCUAUUGGUAAUUGGUUAUCAGGAUUGGGAUAUUUUUGCAUCAUUAUUUCUAAAAUUGUUUUAUAACCAUGGCCAUUCCAGUGCAUACCCAAAUCUCCUUCACAUUUUCUGUAAUUAGUGUUUUCAUUCAAAUCAUGUAAGUCCAAAGGACUGUCUAGAGAAGAGAUAUAAGACUCUAUCCAUAUUUUAGCUUCGGAAAAUAUUUCUUUUUGUUUUUCGUUUUUGC